AUGGUCAAGAUCAUCUCUGCCGCUGCCCUCGUCCUUGCUACUGCCAUCAGCGCCGCCCAGGCCGCCUUCAUUCUCAGCUCUGGACGCUCUAACGGCAUGCACACCGUUAAGGGCACCAGAUGCGCCUUGACAACCGCAUACACCGCCCCCACUCAAACUCUCAAGGCCGGCCAAGUCUACUGCUCAUACCUGGGCAACGCCAAAAUGACUCUCUGCCAAUGCCAUACUGCAGAUACCUCGGCUAAGGAUCAGGAGGGAUUCAUCAGGGACAUUGUGACCCAUACGAACUUUCUUGGCCUCUGUGACGACAAGUCAGGCGGUGUCAGCUAUAUCAACGCCGGCUCUUGGAUCAACGGUUUCUAUGAAGGACCCCAGAACAGCGUCAUGCGUGGUGCGGUCUGGGCCAACGGCAAGCAAACCAUGCAGUGUGAGCCCAUCCGUUGUUCGAAGCCAUCCGAGGGCCUGAGCUGGCGCCAGAUUUCGUCCCUCUCCCUCACCUGCUAA